AUGCCUCGGACGCUUGUAUUUCUUUUUCUUUUCGCAUUCUCUUUGCAAGUUCAACGUUCUCAAGAAUCCAACGUUCUCUACGCCGCCAAAAUCUCGAGUAUCGAUGGAUUGGAGGCUCAGAAAAUCGCCCAGCAACAUGGUUUCCAGGUUAUUCGGAAGGUGGGCUCUGAGAUACUUUUUUGGUAGCUUUUUUCCGCUUUUUGAUGUUGAUCUAUAGUUUUUUUUUCAAAGAAAGUAACUCGAUCAGAAGAAAAAUGAUGAAGAAUGGUUAAAAAAACUGAUAGUAGCCGCUUUUUCCGCGUCAAAGGACUCAAAUCUCAAGUAGGGUCUGCUCGGAUCUCAGUAACGCAAAGUGGACCUUUCCGAGCAUUUCUAGUGAUCCCUCUAGCGGUGUCAUAACUAUUAAGUGACCCCUAGAGUUGCUCGGAAGCGUCCGGUUCCCUUUACCGAGGUCCCAGUAUCUAUUUGGAUCAAUUGGGUAAAUCAGCCUUCGAACGCGCAUUUGAAACACUUUUUCUGUGCUAUUUUUUUCCUUUUUUUGAAUUUCUGAUUUUUUUACCUUCAAACUUAGAUAUUAGUAAAGAUUCGACUUUUUUUAUGAUAUUCUACAAAUCAAUUCAUUUUUUCAGCUCCGUUCCUUCGACGAUAUCUAUCUUCUACGGCAGUUAGUUCGUCGAAAACGGGAUUUGGCUCAAAUUGUCGAUGGAAUCCUCAAAAAUCAAAAUGUCUAUUAUUAUUUUCGAAAAAGAAUUCCAAAAAAGUUGCACAAAGUCUUGAAAAUUGAUCUAUCUCAAAAAAAAGCUAAAAAAAUUUCAGUUAAAAGUUUUUUCAGUUCGAGUGGAGUGAGCCGCUUCUACCGCAGCAACGCUUCAAAAGAGAGUCUUUCCCAGUGAAAAUCGGCAAAAAUCCUGUUCAUGUCGUGAGUUACUUUGCCACUGAUAUUAACACAGGCAAAACGGAAAAAAAUUACUUUGAGGAAUACAUAUAUAUUUCGGUGAGAACUCAAGAAAUUGAAAAGGCUCCGCUAGAAGCUCCUAAAAUGAUGAAAAACAGUCCUCCGAGCUCCGUUUUCAUAGCCUCAGGAUCCUUUUUCUGGCUUCUAGAAUUUUUUUUUGUUGAUGGAAAAUUUGACUGGUGGAACCUUAGAAGCUUUAUUUUUCCGAAUUACCUUUUGAGAAGCUGUUUCGUUUUGCCCGAGUACUGAAAAAUUAAUAAAAUGAACGAUGAAGCUGUGAAAUAUUUUUUAUGCUUUUCCUAGACUUUUCCGAGGUAAGUACUUGAACGCAAAAGAUUACUCUUUUUUGAGUACCGAAAAUGCUGAAAAGUUUAUGCUCAAUAAUUUAUUUUUCAAUUUUUAAAAAGUAAAAACUUGUCGAGUCAGACUCACUUCAAUGUUCUUUUUCCGGAGAAAAAAAUCAAAAAGGGAUGAAUUUUUAAAUAAUAAAAUCGAGCGGUUUUAAAAAAAUUGUUUGAAGUAUUUUUUCCAUUUCUCAUUUAUUUUUUUGAGUUACAGUGGAAAUUGCUUCCUAACAUGAAAAAUCGAAAAAUGCCUGGAAACAGGGAAUCGCCGUCAAUUCGUCAGGUGUUACUACUGUCGUUGUGGUGAGCUCUUCUGAUUUUUCGUUGUUUUUCUAGGAAGGGAUUCUUGUAAAGGCAGCCUUGGGGUCCAUUGAAGGUUCCCCAAAGAUCACUUUACCCUAUAGAGGCCGAUAAAGCUCGCCAAGUGGCCCACCCAGGGAUUUAUUUAGCGGCCCCAUAGGGGAACAAGUUCGUGCUGAGAUGAAGCACGUCCAUGGAAAAAACUCAACGAAUCAGCAAAAAUGUAGCAAAUGACUGUUUUUACCUGAACCCUAUAGGGAUCACUCUGGCAUUCCCAUGUCAAAAAACCCUUUCUACAGUUUUCGGAAAAGCGUAUUUAAACUAUCCUGAAGGUAGGGACCGCAAAGCCACGCCCCUUUUCGCGAUAGAAAAAGUGGCUUUUUUUUGGUUUUCAACUUUCAUUUUGUUGUAGUUGCAAAAUAUGUGGAACUGGAUAAUAAAUUUUGACACACAUGUACAGAAAAGCUUCCUCUUUCGUUUAAAAAAUAUUUCACGCUUUUUUGAUGCGUUCUCGCGGAAUUUCGUACAAAAACGUGAAUAGAACUAAAAAACUUUGUCAUUUUUCGCUUUUUCAUGUGUUUUCAGGUCGAACGCACUCUUUCUUUUUUCAAAUAAUGAUUUUGAUUCAAGUAACGGUAAUUUUAAAACAAUAAAAUAAAAAAUUCGUCUUUGCCAAAAAUUUUAGGGAGUGCCGAAAGUCAUAAAUCAAAAUAUCGUUAAUAAGCGAAUAUAAUCGAGUUUUUGUUUUUUCAAAGUUUAGAUCAUGGGCUUACUUAAAUAUUUCUCCACACAAUAUGUGCUUGAAAAAGUUGUUUAAUACGCAAAAAUGCUCUUGAAACUAGAGAAUAAAAUUAGCGGCGUUUAUCACACAGAAUGCGGUCGAACGCAGGUUUUCAAACAAUUAUAUACAUUUAUUAGUAAAAAAUCUUUCAAUUAAAAGAAUAAAAUAAAAAAUUCGUCUUUGCCAAAAAUUUACGGGGCCAUUUUAAGGCAGCGAUCGUUAAACGAGGCCAAAAGCACUAAAAAAAACAGUUUUUUCGAAGUGAAUUUUCACGGAAAGUUUAAGUAAAGAUUUGUGAACAUAUUCUGAUAGAAAUAUCAUAACUACUUCAAGAUUUUCUUUUUGAAAUAGGCAAUCUGUGCUAUUCAAACGGCUCAAGGCUAUGGGGGAUGGAAGCUCCCCUCGCUAGACCUAACAGCUUGGCGCAGCGCGUGCGCUGCGAUUUUUCAUUUUGAGGUCGCGAGUUCGAUGCCCGCAAGCGUCAGUUUUUUGUUUUCUGGAAAAUACCGACUUUUUCGGCAAACUGGCUGAUGAGCAUCAUUUUAGCACUCUAUUAUGAUUUGUUACAUCAUAAUAGACCAGUAUCAAAAAUUUGUUCUAGAAGAAAAAAAUCGAGAAAAAAAUGUCAAAAAAAUGGAUAAUACCAAAAUUUCAGUACUAAAAAAAUGGUGCGCGGCGCGCCACAUUUUUCGUCAUAACUUUUUUCAUCCUCAAUCUUUUUCGAAAAACUAAACGGUUCUGAGUUUUGAAUCGAAUCAGCUAUCAAACCAUACAAAGCUCAAUGCUGAAAAAAUUUUUUUGAAAAUUCGUCUGCGGUCCCUACCUGAAGGUCUCAGAAUAAAGAUUCGUUUUCUGUACUUUUCAGCAUUUCGACAAAAGCUUUCUGCCAAGACUAUUUAUUCUGGGCAAGAAUAACUUUUAUGAGAAUUUCAGGACGACGGAGUUGAUCACUGGCACACCGAUCUUCAGGACGCCUUUUCGCCGGAAAUUUCCUUCGAUUUUACGAAUUUUCAAGCUGAUCCCAUGCCACAGAGGAUUGAAGGAAAUGAGUUAGAAAUUUACAAAAAAAAAUGAGAAAAAAAGAAUCAAUUAUUCAGACACGGAACCCAAUGUUCGGGUCUCAUCGCGAUGGCCGGCGAAUCCUGCGGAAUGGGUGUUAGUCGUGGAGCGCGUUUGGGCGGCAUCAAGGUUCUAGAUGGUUCUUCUCUGAAUGAUGCCGUUGAAGGCGACGCCUUGGCUUUCCAACAGGACAUGGUAAUGAAAAAACAAGUUUUUUGUGGAAUUGAUGCUGAACUUGAACAGAUUGACAUCUAUUCGGUGAGCUGGGGACCGAAAGACGAUGGAAAAACGGUGGCGAAACCUGGGAGGCUGGCCAGUCAAGCCUUAGCCGAUGGAGUUAGAAAGGUCUGGUUUUCAAAACUUGUGAAGUUUAGAAAAAACGAGGAAAUGGUGGUUCUUAAUGCACAAAAAAAAAAAAUGAAAAGAAAAGAUAUUAGAGACCAUGCGAUGCGUCACGACCGGAACUUCAUAUUCCGUAACCAUUUCUUGACGGAGUUAAUUGGAUGAAUUCUUGGAGUCGUUAUCGUGCUGAAAUUCUUGAGGGUGGCCCAAACGGUCGAUACACUUUUUGAGUAAUGCUUGACCAGGUAGAAAAUCUCAUUUUUCGACCUCAAAUGAUAGCUGUACGCUUGGAUUUUGUUAAGUUCCGAGAACCCUUAGGUCAAUACUAAGAAAAAUGAAAUAAACUUCGAAAAAUAGAAAUAAAAUAAAAAGGUAUUGAAAAAACAAAAAACAAAUAAAAAAUCACGUUUUCGAUCAAAAAAAAAAACGAAAAAAUGUCCGUAGACACUUGCCAGUGCAUAGUACUACUUUCAUUGUUAUACCUACCGUAAAACGCCCAAAGAAAAACCUUUGAAAACUUCAUAUGAAAUUCAUGUCGAUUCCCUGGAAAAGUUAAAUGAAAAAAUGUGUUUUUUUCGUAUCUUUUACUGAUGAUACUGUGUUAUGCCAUUUUUUUUUAUUGUUGCAGCGUGAAAAAAAAAAACAUUUUUUGUGAUAUGGAAAUUUCUCGAGACGUAACAUGAUUGUCAAUUUUUCACCGAGACGAGAUCGCGUCUUGUGCAUCCGUGAUUCAAAGCUUUUUUGAACCUAAAAGGACUUUUUAGGGUCGAAACGGCCUGGGGAACAUUUUCUUGUGGGCCAGCGGCAACGGCGGACAUUUUGGCGAUAAUUGCGCUUUGGAUGGAUACGCCAGUAAUGAAAACACGGUAAAUGGACUGAAAAUGACCGUUUUGAGUUAAUUUGAUAAAAUUUUGAAGAUAACCGUCGGUGUGGUGAAUUCCGAUGGAAAUCCUGCGAUUUAUGCGGAAGGCUGUUCGGCGGUUCUUGCUUCCGUUUCCGGAGGCGAUUCUUUGAUCGUGAGAUAUAUACAUUGAUGAUAUUUUUAAAAUUAAAAAGUGAAAGUCUCAUCGGGUACAAGAAUUCAAGAAUAGCGAUUUUUCACUCCGCAUUCGCCGUGUUCACUUUGCGUGUUUGCACGUUCUCAUUCAAAAGCAUCUGAAAAAAAUUUAUAAAUUCUACUAUUUAUAUUCAAAAACUCCUGCAUUUUACUGAAAAACCCCAACUUUUUUUGAAAUUUUUUUAAUUUUGUUCAAUUAACUGUCCGUAAGGUUUUUCUACAUAUUUCCAGCCUCUUUUCGAGAAAUCUCAAAAAAUUGAAUAUUCAGAGAACGACCGGAUUUGAUUCGAAAUGCUCCGUUUUAUCCGGAUCCUCGGCGGCGGCCGCGAUCGCCUCGGGAAUCGUCGGUCUCGCUAUCCAAGCAAAGUAAAUAAAAUACUACAAAAUAAGCCUAAAAUCCAUUCGGACCUCAGAUUUUCCGCAAAUGUCUUCAUUAAUUCCGUUUUUCAAAGAAAAUGCCAAUUUCAGCCCGAAUCUGAGCCAACGCGACAUCCAGCAUCUGAUCAUCCGAACUGCCUCUAAAUCUUCUCUAAACGUGAACUGGAACAAGAACGCGGCGGGAUUCCAGUACAAUCCGUCGGUCGGAUUCGGUCUUCUCGACGCCGAGGCCCUGGCCUGGCGAGCCCGCACCUGGAAAACAGUCGACGAGGAGAUAGUUUGCUCCGCGGAGCCCAUUAGGUUGGACAUAAUCGCCCCAAGGAUACUGGGUGGCCACUUAAGAGGCUCCUCUAGGGCUAACAGGAGAAGGCACUAAAGUGGUCACUGAAACCGCCUUUGUAGAGGCCACUUUUUUGCGUCUUAGUGACCACUAUAGUAGUUUCAUUAAUCUAGUAGUACAGGUUAGACUUCUGAAGUGGCCACUGAAUCGUCGAAACCCUGAAGUGGCCACUGAUUUGUUGUGUUUCAGCCCCGGGUCAAACAUCUUGUUUCCGAUUGGAAAUUCUUGCGACGUCAGCUUCAUUGAACGUGUUGCGGUUCGUCUGAAUAUUGAUGCUAGAAGACGUGGAGACGUUCAAAUCUUCCUGACUUCUCCGAAAGGUAUGGGAGGGAAGGAAACGUCAGGUUAA